UCUCUCUCUCUCUCUCUCUCUCUCUCUCUCUCUCUCUCUCUCGGUGCAGGAGGAUCCGAGGAGACGCCUACUUACUCGGCUGCAAGAGCGUCACACUUGCCCGGUACACCGGCUCCGGUCCUCCUCCUCCUCUUCUUGAGAAAGUCAACGGACACUUGGAGGCUUGACAGCUCGGACGACCGACCGGCUCAGCACAUUAGACAAUUUCGCCUCGUCGCGUCUCGCACCUGAGCUCACGAAGCAUGUCCGCCCCCGCCGGCAAAGAGGUGAAGGAGCUCAACCCGGUCGACUUCAUCCAGCUACAGCAGUACAUUGAAUAUUGCAGCCUGAAGGUGAAAGACGUGCUGCGGGAAUUCGAUGCAGAUGGCCGCCUCUCUCAGCACAGACAUGGAGAGUGCAUCAAUGAAGAAGGCUUUCGUCUCUUCCUGAAGACUUAUUUGGAAGUGGACGACUUCCCAGCAGAUCUGUGCCAGCGACUCUUCCGCUCUUUCCAGAACUCUGAAACUGCUCAGGAAGACAGCAGUAAGAAUACACACACACAGAUCAGUACUGGACAUAUUCCAGGGUAUGUUUGCCCUUUGACCUAAGUCAGCUGAGAUAUACUACUUCAGCUCACCCAUGGCCCUUAUGAUCGCAAGGGCUAUCCAAAAUGAAUGGGUGGAUAAUACAUAUUAUUCUGUCCAUCAUUCUUUACAGAGGAGGUCUUUCUAAAGGAUGUUUCGUGUUACUUCUCACUCUUGGAGGACGGUCAGCCUCGGGACAAGCUGGAGUUUGCUUUCAAGCUCUACGACAGAGACGGCAACGGCGUCCUGGACAGCUCGGAAGUGGAUCGAAUUAUCGCUCAAAUGAUGCACGCUGCUGAGUACUUGGGUUGGGACGUGUCAGAGCUUAGGCCGGUUCUCAAGGACAUGAUGACUGCCAUAGAUGCCGACAGCAGCGGUACUGUGUCUCUGGAGGAGUGGGUGGAGGGCGGCAUGAACAACAUCCCCCUGCUGGUCCUACUGGGCCUGAAGAUGACACAGACAGACGGACAGCACCUGUGGAGAAUGAAACAUUUCAACAAGCCUGCUUACUGCAACGUUUGCCACUGCAUGCUUCUGGGUCUCAGGAAGCAAGGCCUGUGCUGCACCUGCUGCAAGUACACAGUCCACGGCCGCUGCGCUAACAGGAAUCCAGACCCCUGCGCCAGAACCUAUGUGAAGUCCAAGAAAGAAACCGGGGUUCCAGCGCACGACUGGGUGAGUGGCAACUGUGAAUCGAGGAAGUGUGACAAGUGCCAGAAGAAAAUCAAGAGCUUCCAAGGCCUGACGGGCAAACAUUGUGUGUGGUGCCACUCCAUGCGCCACGAUGCGUGUGCAGACGAAGAGCCGAGCGAAUGCAGGUGCGGCCCACUCCGAGACCACAUCCUGCCUCCGUGGGCCGUCUAUCCCGUCAUCAAGGAGAGAUCCAACAACGGCUGCUCCGGUCAGUUGGACGACACUGAGCUCAAUACAACACCUGAUGGACAAGUCCUUCAAAUCAGCCCCGUGCCCAAUACACACCCUCUUCUUGUGUUUGUCAAUCCCAAAAGUGGAGGCAAGCAAGGGGAAAGGGUCCUACGUAAAUUUCAGUAUUUGCUCAACCCCCGGCAGGUGUACAACCUUUCCAAUGGUGGACCAGCUGCAGGCCUGAGUUUCUUCAGAGACCUUCAGGAUUACAGGAUCCUUGUAUGCGGCGGAGACGGCACAGUCGGCUGGAUCCUGGAUGCCAUCGACAAAGCCGGUAUGCUGGCGCGGCCGCCAGUUGCCGUACUUCCUCUGGGCACAGGAAAUGACCUCGCACGGUGCCUGCGGUGGGGAGGAGGAUAUGACGGCGAGGACCUCAAUAGGAUCCUGAAGGACAUCGAGACGAGCUCCGAGGUUCUGAUGGACCGCUGGAGCGUGCAGGUCAUCACGGAGGCAGGUGAAGAGAAGGGUGACCCCGUGCCAUACGAAAUCAUCAAUAACUACUUCUCCAUCGGAGUGGACGCCUCCAUCGCCCACCGUUUUCACACCAUGCGAGAGAAACAUCCUCAAAAAUUUAACAGCAGGAUGAAGAACAAGUUGUGGUAUUUUGAAUUUGCCACCUCAGAAACCAUCUCAGCCUCCUGCAAAAAACUAAAUGAAAGUCUAACGAUAGAGUGCUGCGGGACUCCUUUGGAUCUGAGUAGCCUGUCUCUGGAGGGCAUCGCCGUCCUAAAUAUUCCCAGCAUGCACGGUGGCUCCAAUCUCUGGGGUGAGAGCAAGAAGAGCGAGGUCAAGGGGCCAAGCGGUCAGGACGAACCUGAUGUGAUCGUGGACCCUGAAAUCCUGAAAGUGACCGGACAAGAUCUGAGCGAUCGUAGACUGGAGGUGGUGGGCCUGGAGGGCGCCAUGGAGAUGGGACAAAUUUACACAGGCCUGAAGAGUGCCGUCAGGCUGGCCAAGACAGCACAGCUCACCAUCAGGACCAAGAAAGCAUUGCCGAUGCAAAUUGACGGAGAGCCAUGGAUGCAACCGCCCUGCACGAUUCACAUCACGCACAAGAACCAAGCUAGCAUGCUGAUGGCUCCACAGGCAAAAGCGUCUGGGUUCUUCAACUACAAAUAAAAGCAAACGCUCCGUCUCCAGGCACUAUUGUAAAUUCUACAAAAUAUAGAAAUCCGGAAAAUUGAAAUUCCAGAGCUACAUUUGCUCCCUUUGAAGAGCGACAUGCCAUAUCAGUUUUGUCUUUUCUGUGGAAACAAAACAAAACAAAAAUAAGCAUCACAGACAAAGAAAGCACUUACACCAACAUCAUUUUGAUUAAUAGACUGCAAUUUUAAUUUUUUCAAUUUGAAGUUUUCUUAAAAUGCGAAUUACACUAUGCCGCCUGGUCCCACUCAUGGACUUGAUUACUGUAUAGAACCAACUGACAUGUUUUAAGUCUGUAACGUUAUGCCGUGUAGAAUAGUUACAUAAUUGUAAGAUUUAAAAAAAAAAAAAAAAAAAAAGGAAACAAAGGUCUUAUUUAAAACAAUCAACGCCCCAAUGCUGAAGGUAGUAAUGUCAAUUUGCUUCGAGAAGGACAGCGAGUGCCUUUUUGAUUGCUUCUGCUGAAAUUAGGUAGACACACUGGGAACUGCACAUACCUUGAGUUGUAAUUGUGGAGUGACUUAUUAUAAUAACUAUAACAGUGAUAAUAUUGAUCAGAAUAAUACAAGAGGACCAUGAGCUAAAGAAUAUUAAUGCUUUUAUACAUUUAAGAGGAAAUGGCUGAGAUUAUGUAAUGUGUGUGUUUGUAAAUCUAAUGUCUCAGAGGGACGUAAGGCCAUUUAUUAGACCUAGCCUUCAAAUAUCACCCAUCAAUUAAUAUGUUCAGGUUUAAAGGAGAACAUUAGUGUGUCUCAGACGUACUCCUGAAUGUUUACGUAACUGUGCUCUAUGGAGUCAAAUAAUUUCAUGAUACCAAGAGGGUCUUGUGUUAUUACUGCAGUAUGCCUGAAGUGACCGAAUGUGCAAUGAAACUUAAUAAAUGACAACGAAAUCAUGCGGUUUACCUUUGUGCCACAAGGGGGUGCCAUUUGCUUUUGUGUUGCUUUUUAGAUUUCCUUUCUCAAAAAUUGGAUUCAAACCGGAAAUUAAUGAUCCAAAUAGUGUCCUCCCCAUUAUUUGCUUUAAUAAUUAAUACAAUAUGAAUAAAUACAGUAAUGUUGCUAUAAAGACUAACGUUGCCUA